GUCCAGCAGGAGGCUGCAGCUCUCAGCGAAAAAGAAGGAGAAGAAGAAGAAGAAGAAGAAGGAGAAGAAGAAGAAGGCGGAAGUGAGGGUGACUUGCGGCAGAACUUUCUCCUCCAACAUGGCCGACCAAUGGCAGAGCUCCAUGGAUCACGCUGUGGCCAUCGCACGACGAGCUGGAGAGGUGGUGAGGGAGGCUCUGCUGGACGACAGGGCGGUGAUGACCAAGAGUUCGUCGGUUGACUUGGUGACUCAAACGGACCAGAAGGUGGAGCAGCUCAUCAUCCAAUCAGUGAAGGAGAAAUUCCCCACACACAGGUUCAUCGGGGAGGAGUCUGUGGCUGCAGGUGAGUCCUGUGUUCUGACCGACUGUCCCACCUGGAUCAUCGACCCCAUCGAUGGAACCACCAACUUUGUUCAUGCGUUUCCCUUUGUUGCUGUUUCCAUCGGGUUCUCCGUCAACAAACAGGUAGAGUUUGGUGUCGUCUACAGCUGUCUGGAAGACAAGAUGUUCACCGCCAGGAGGGGGAAGGGAGCGUUCUGCAACGGACAACCGCUGGAGGUUUCUGAGCAGAAAGACAUCCAGCAGUCCAUCGUGGCCACAGAGUUCGGAUCCAGCAGAGCCCCCGAAGCCGUGGACAGAAUCUUCUGCAGCCUGAAGAACGUCCUGAGCAUUCCGGUUCACGGGCUACGAGGAGCAGGAACUGCAGCCAUCAACAUGUGUCUGGUGGCGUCCGGCUGCGUCGAGGCGUACUAUGAGAUCGGGAUCCACGUUUGGGACGUGGCUGCCGGAUCGCUGAUCGUCUGCGAGGCCGGAGGGGUUCUGAUGGACGUGGAGGGUAACGGUCCGGACGCUAACACUUCCUGUUUACCUGCCAGAUGUGUCUCUGACGGCUGUCUGUGUGCAGGAGGGGAGGUGGACCUGAUGUCCAGGAGGAUCAUCGCUGCCAACAGCAGGACCAUCGCCGAGCGGCUGGUCAGAGAGAUCGCCCCCUUCAGGCCGCCCAGAGACGACGCCCCGCCACCCAAUUAGUGAAGAGCUGCAGAGCAUGCUGGGAAAAAGAGCUCUGGCUUCAUUUGUAACGUUUGUAAUAAAUAGUUUGUGAUAAAAACA